CCAGGUGAAUGUACUGGAUUCUGAUUGGUCGGACCAGUGUGACAUCAGCAGUGCUUCUGCAGAUAUAAGUGGUGAUGUUUGGAGGUUGUGAAGCGUCUUCAGGUGGAGUCCAGAGCAUCGCACACGUCGGGAUUUGCAUCAGAAAUCUGACAAUGAAGGUUCUCCUCCACUUUAAUGGAAGAACAUGUCUGUUCCAGCUGGUUCCAGUGGUCUUCAUCCUCCUGGCCCCAGUGUUGACCUGCUGCAAAGACCUGGUCCAACCAGUGGACUGCAGUGACAUCCAUCAGCAGGACAAAAGUCUGAACAGUGGAGUGUACACCAUCUACCCCCUGGGGGAAAGAUCUGCUGUCCAGGUUUACUGUGACAUGGACACAGAUGGAGGAGGGUGGACGGUGUUCCAGAGGAGGAUGGAUGGAACUGUCAACUUCUACAGGCCCUGGGAUCAGUACAAGAUAGGAUUUGGUGACGCUGCUGGAGAGCACUGGCUGGGUCUCGACGUCCUCCACUACCUGACACGACGACAAACACAUCAGCUGUUGGUUGAAAUGGAAGACUUUACGAGACAGAAAGUGUCGGCUGGUUACUCCCAGUUCUCUGUUGGUAGUGAAUGUCAUGGAUAUAAACUCAGCGUGUCUGGAUUCACUAACGGAGGAGCAGGAGAUUCUCUGAGUCCCCACAAUGGAAAUAAGUUCUCCACUUUUGACAAAGACCAGGAUGUUUGGCACAAAAACUGUGCCAAAAGCUUCCUCGGAGCAUUUUGGUAUGGGGCGUGUCACCGUGCGAACCCCAAUGGGGUUUAUCGCUGGGGGGCUGAUGGUAGUAUCCAUGCUGCUGGAGUGGACUGGUAUCAUUGGAAAGGUUAUGACUACUCCCUGAAGGCCAUCAGUAUGAAGAUCCGUCCUGUGCUGUAGACAACCAGGAUGAUUUCACAGCAGACAUCAGCAGUUUCUUUCUCUGUAAUGUCAGUUUGUUUUUAGACUUGGCUCAGGUUCAGUCUCCAAACACUACGUGGAACUGACUUUUAAACCAUGAUAACAUUUACAGUAGUUCAUCUACUUUGGAUUCAGUGACUUCAUCUGUGUUGUUUCAUGUCUUUGUCUUGUCAGGAAAAUGGGUUCUUUAAUCUGUCAAAACAAACAGAUGCAUAGAGUCUGAUUAAAUGUUCAAAUGAAACUAUUUCCUUGUGAUUGUGUCUGAGUGUGAGUGUGUGUUCAUGAGCAGCUGCUGGUGUAAAGUCUGGAUCAAACAGCUGUUGUUGUAGAGGAAUGAUCAGACAGGAGGAGCUUCCAUCAAAUGACGUGUGGUUGACUGUAACUCUGCUGUAAUGACUAUGUUCCACCACUAGAUGUCUGUGCUGUGUCAGAUCCAUCAGACUGAUCCAAAGCACACAUGAAACCUCAGACUGUAACUUAAUCUUUGAAUCUUUAUCUUUUGUGCGAUGACAAUAAACUCUGAACAUGAGGA